CUGACAGCCGCGCACCCCUUCCGUCAUUUAUUGUUACAACAACAGCAACAACAAGCUACAAAAGGUUGGGUUGCGACGAGACGAGGUAUUUACGCAACGCAUCACAGAGCUGUCGCACACGCACCGCACACAUGGCCACCGCAGUAGCAAAAGUUGGAAAAUCGGUUCACCGCAUAUUCGUGGGUAACUUGCCCUGGACAGUGGGCCAUCAGGAGCUACGUGGGUAUUUCAAGGAAUUCGGUCGCGUCCUAUCGGCAAACGUCAUCUUUGACAAGAAGACCGGCUGCUCCAAGGGUUACGGCUUCGUGAGCUUCAACAGUUUGACAGCACUAGAGAAAAUCGAAAACGAGCAAAAGCACAUACUGGAGGGGCAUCAUCUCAAUAUACAAAAGUCGUAGACAACGUAGUCGGCGACGCCACAAGCAUUUUCCCCCCCAACAAAAUUUUUUCUCCCACAAACCAAAAAAAAUUCACAAAAGAACAUAGCUAUAAGGUUAUCCGACAAAACUAAAAAUACAAUUUAACUGAGAAA